CCCGAUUCUGAUCACCAUGCAACUCUCAUCAUCGCUCUAAAACCUCACCUCCAUCGCGCAUCCGUCAGACCCUGUUCUGUCUGACUGACUGAGGUGAAUGAAGGUACUUUAAGAGAGCUCGUGUCAGCGGAGAUGUUGGCAGGUGUGUUAGUUCUGGGCACCAUCCUUACAGCUUUACCAGGUAUCCAAAGCAGGUGGAGUGUGUCUUUUUCUCGGAGGGAGAUCUGUGUGUGGGCAGGAACAACUGUCACUCUGCCCUGCCGUUAUGAUUACCCAUCAGGUCACACUGUGAGGCGGGUCAUGUGGUUCCGUGUGUCUGCAGAGGGUCGCAGGGAGUUCACUUACCACACUGACCCAAAUGAGAUCAGCCUGUCGUACCGUGGACGCACUCGCUACAUCGGGGGCAGCUACUCCAGCUGUUCAGUCCAGAUUCGAGCUGUUAAGCUAAGUGAUGCGGGCCAGUACCAUUUCAGGUUUGAGACAGACCAACCGUUGGGGAGAUGGACCUCCCCCAACACCAUCACUCUGGAUGUAACAGACCUCCAGGUCCAGGUUCAUCCAGCAAGGCCCGCCAACAUGUUUGGCCUCGGAGAGACUGUGUUUGUAGGCUGCCAGGCCAGAGGAUGUGCUGCUCCAGGAAGGAGCCUUGCUCUGUACAGGAACGGACUUAACCUCGGCUCCUAUGAGAAAUGGAUGAUUAUCAACCGCUUUGACCAACAGCAUACUGGAGCGUACACCUGUCGACCAAUCCCACCACAGAAUGUACAGUCACCGUCCCUCUCGCUGGCUCUCGGAUAUGGUCCCCGCUCCACCUCCAUCACAAUCUUCCCAGUUGGAGAGGUGUCAGAAGGGGCGUCGGUCACUCUCACCUGCAGUAGUGAUGCAGCUCCACCUGUAGAGAGCUUUGCAUGGUUCAAAGACAUGGAGAGUGGCAGCAUCCCAGACAGUUUUAGGCCUCAGCUCCGCCUGUCCCAACUCAAAUACACAGACAGAGGAGAGUACUUCUGUGUAGCACGUAACUCACUGGGAACAGAUCGCUCCAAACCACUUCUACUCAAUGUCACCUACUCUCCGAAGAACACACGGGUGCUAGUGAGUCCUCCAGCCGACAUCAGAGAAGGCUCAUCUGUAAACCUGAGCUGUGUCAGCCACGCCAACCCUCCUGCCAGCAGGUAUGCUUGGUAUCGUAUCAUAGGUGACCAGGUGUUGGCUAAAGGAACCUUCCAGAACAUGACGUUCCCCUCAGUGCGCGCUCACCUUGCUGGUCAGUACUACUGCACAGCGUGGAACCGGUUAGGAUACCAAACCUCCCCUGUUGCUACACUCACUAUACUCUAUCCUCCCAAGAACACCUCAGUCCUGGCUCGUCCCUCCAGUGUGGUGGACGCUGGCCGACCUUUGACCUUGACCUGCAGCAGUCAGGCCAACCCGGCAGUGGACAACUUCACAUGGCACCGCUUAACUCUGGACGGGGGCUCUGUACAAUCGUGGGGCAGUAAGUCUGGUCCUGUCUUCACCUUCUCAGAGGUUGGCCCCAGAGAGAGCGGCCAAUACUAUUGUGAGGCCAGGAAUCGAAUCGGAGCCCACAGCUCUCCUGUCCUCACUGUGCGAGUUAGAGGUCGUCUUAAGGUCAUUGCCUUGGCGUCAGCGGUGGGGGUGUCUGCUGGACUCAUCACUCUCACAGUGGCCAUUAUGAUCAGUAAGAACAUGCACAGAGUGGACAUGGAGUCAGUAGAAGUAGCAAACAAGCGUCCGUCAGUGACAGCUGACACCAUGUUCUAUGAGUCAGCCCAACAAAUCUUUCCAGUGAGAAAGGGCAAGAUGACUGACAUACCGGAGGAGCCAGAGGACUUGAGUGACAACGCCCAUCCCGCCAUUGUUCCCCUGAAAGAUGCCCCACCAAUCACAGAAGUUGAAACUCACAGCCCCGCCCCCAACUACAUCACUGUCCACUACUCCAAGAGGUGCAGUGUGGACCAGGUGCAGGUCCACAACAUGCCACUGGGUGGUGACAAAAAGCCGAAGGAUUCCACCAAAGUUGUUUACACUUUACUGCAGCAGUCUCACCACUGACCUGGAGAAAAAGACCAACUGGCUGAACGACACAUCAGCUUCCUGCACACUUUCCAUCCAUUCACAUUGUAGGUCAGGAAACAAUUCAAAGUAAACUCUGACGAUGCCUUACGCUGUUCUGGGUCAGACAUGUCGUCACUGAUCCUCCAUCAUUCACCAGACCACAACACGUGCUGACUGAGAGUUCGGCUCCUGACCUCUGUUGCAUGUCCUCCCCUUUUUUUCUAUGCAUCUUUCCACUGUAAGCUACCUGAUGAAGCAGAAAUGUUUCAAAACAAUAACAAAAAACUAACGUUCACACUGUUUGUUGCUUGUAUUCAUAUCCACAUACAGGCUCUAUGUACUGUUGCUCUUUUGUUGAUGGCUCACACUGAGAUACAAGUAAAUGUAGAUGACACAGUGUGACUGGUUGAUACAGCAUCAUUGGCAUCCAUUUAAAAUGAGAUAGUCAUAUGUAUUCAAUGGUCUCCAAUAAAAAUGACGCUCAAAGACAUAUCAGUCAAAGAAGCCCGUAAAAAAGUAUUUGACAUCCACACAGAAUAUACACUAUUUGACACAUUAAUUUCUACACUGUAUUCGUCUAUGUCCUCAACCCAACAGCUUAUUGUGAUUGCUGAUGCUGCCAUAUUUAUUGAGUUGAUACAGCUGCUUGUUUCCAUCUUUUUUUAUGUGGUGUAAGUAAAGCCAGCAAUAAUGCAGCAUUACAUGUUGUAGUUUGUUACAGUGAAGAAAAAUAAAACAAACAAAUUCUCGUAGCCUAAAUGUAUGUUGCGAAUUUUGCAGCUCACAAAUAAUUAACAGCACUGAAUAAGAAAAUUGUUGAGAGUAAGAAAAGUGUAAUCAGCAUUUCAAUUAGAAGGAUACAAUGUAUGACUUUGGAUGAAUUUCAUGAAAACAUUUUUUUGUUUUUUUUGUCACAGAGGUGACAAAUGUUUCAUGACUAGUAUCACACAAUCAUUCAAAUCAACCAGACCUAUGCCAAGUUAACACAAGAGCUUCUUUCCUUUCAGUAAAAGUGACUUACAGUACCUGUUAUCUGUUUUGGUAUGUUGAAAAAUAAGACUUGAGUCAUGACAGUGAACCAUGUUUAGUGAUUUAGCAUAUAUUGCUAAGAAAAAUAAAUACAGUUGCAAUAAAGACGUGUUAUCAAAUACAUCAGCAUGCAACUUCUUUUUAGCACAAUACUAACUUGAGUAUCAAAUUUCUCCAGCUUCCUGUUUGUUCUUGUCUGUCCUCCGUGUUUUUCUAAUAUAUAACUGAUAGUGGAAUAUUAUUUAACCAAUUAAUCAUGGAAAUAAAUGUAUUGCAAAGAGGCUGAUCUCACAAAAAAAUAUUACUUUAUUGUUUGAUUAACUAUUUUGUCCCAGCAAUUACAAAUGUGGGGCAGUGGAUUACACUGUUUUACCGACAGGGACGUAAACAUAGGCAGUGCAGGUGGUGCGGUUGCACUGGGGCCUGUGAGGUGCAGGGGCCCAUAGAGAGAGUGGGCCCUCCAGCAGUGUGUUGAGAAUGGUGGAGAAUGGGCCCCUCAUGAGAGACUAUCACCUUCGAAAUAUCCUUGUGAGAUGAACUCUCAUUAAAUUAAUCAUGGUGCCAUUUGCUUUAUAUGCCCUUAAAAAAGCAAGCCCAUCAUCCGUCUUGUUUUGGGGGUUUUUUUGGUUGUUUUUUUAAAUAGUAAAAGCUAUAACAGAAUUAUAUACAUAUUCUACAUAAAAUAUAAAUAAACUUUUAAAAUUAUUAAAGUAAAUGAAUCAAGUCUUAUUUUCUUUGGUAUUUUCUUUUGUCACAUACAGAUAUGACAUGAUGAUUGCUUUAAAAUGUAUGUCGGUGUUGCCCAAUGUCAUGUCUCUGUUCAAUCAUGUGACGAGAUGAUAUGCACACGAUAGCAUGCCCGUCCUGAUAGCGUGCACUGGGGCCCGUCAUAAUAGCGUGCAGUGGGACCCAUUGUAACUACAUUACGCCACUUUUUACCAACAUAUUUCAACAAUGAC